GUGUAAGUGCGUGGUUAAGUAACUCUUUAUGUAACUCAUCAUUGCUACUACAGUAUAGACCCCUUGGACUUUAUGAAAACGUAUAGAAUAAACCACUUAACUCACCCACACACACAAGGGAGCUUUUCACGUACGAGGAGCUUUUGUGUCGGGGGCGGCGCGCUGGGUAUAAAAGGCCGGUCGGCCCGAGCAGCCCCACAUUCCCGCCUGUGAUCUCACUUGCGACACACGCUCUACCUUGCUAUCCCAAUCUCUCAACAUGUCUUACUACGCCAACAACGAGUACAUCAUCGCCACUAACAACUCGAUGAACGAGAACAAAUACAACAGCGAAAAGAUGAAGAACAGCGGCUUCAAAGCGCUACUGAAGCCGUUAAUGAAGAUCAUUAAGAAAACGACGAAACGCAGCGUUCCCGCCAAAUCAGUCGAGACAAGUUUUGAAGCCGACGAGAACGCCAGCAACGAGGCAUUGGAGCGCAAGAUCUAUGAAGAGAUGGAGACUUGCCAGCCUGGCGCUGCCUUCCUGGUGUAUAAUGAGGAUUCCACCUGCGACCUCAUCCCCGUCGCCCGCGACGACUUCUACAUCCCAGUCCACUUCGCCCGCACCGAAGCCGGCACCUUCUUCUGGACCACCGUCACCAAGACCGAAGCUGACUUCGCAGCCGCACACUGCUACACCGAAUGCCAGACCCCCGAGCAGCAGUACCCAGUCUUCCAAGACCGCUGGGUGCAAGCCUAAACUCUCAACACUCACAAUCAGUGUCUUCCGUGAAACCAGUGCUGCCGGUUUCUGCAAUCGUCUGUGAUGUUAGCUUUAAUCUCAAAGGUGCCAUAUAGGAUUAGGAAUUAGGGUUCGGAUAACGCGUGAUAACUCCGAAAGCUUUAAUUGUAUUUUCGAAUCGUGAUGUGAUAUUUUGAAAAUAUUGUAUAACUUAGUAGGUUAAGCGUAGGGUAAUUGAAAUUGUGAUCUUCCUUUACUGAGCUUUAAUUUAGAGUGAUAGGUAAUUUAU